AUGAACGAGUACCAAGAAUUUGUUAAUAUUGAUCUAUAUCCUCUUGAUCCUGAAAUUGAGCGCACAUUCAGAGAGAGAAGAAGAGCUCAACAUAGGGCUCAAGGGGAUAUAGAAAUGAUGGAUGACCAAGGAAAUGGACGACGAGCUCAAGGGGAAAUGGCCCCUAAUAAUGGUCAAAAUGCAGUGAUUAUGGCGGAUGAUAGAGAUCAAAUCAUCCGACAAUACGCAGCACCUCUUUUCAAUGAGCUCAAUCCGGGCAUUGUGAGGCCAGAAAUUCAAGCUCCACAGUUUGAAUUGAAGCCAGUUAUGUUCCAGAUGCUUCAAACUGUGGGACAGUUUAGUGGCAUACCCACCGAAGAUCCUCACCUUCACCUUCGUCUAUUUAUGGAGGUGAGUGAUUCUUUCAAAUUGCCCGGAGUUACGGAGGAUGCCUUGAGGUUAAAGUUGUUCCCCUAUUCUUUGAGAGAUCAAGCCCGAGCUUGGUUGAACUCCUUGCCUUCUGCGUCGGUUACAACUUGGCAAGAAUUAGCGGAGCGGUUUUUGAUGAAGUAUUUUCCUCCCACUAAGAAUGCCAAGCUCCGGAAGGAAAUAACUUCCUUUCAACAAUUUGAAGAUGAGUCUUUGUAUGAGGCAUGGGAAAGGUUCAAGGAGUUGUUGCGGAAAUGCCCUCACCAUGGUAUCCCUCAUUGCAUCCAAAUGGAAACAUUUUACAACGGUCUCAAUGCUCAUAAUCGAAUGGUGGUUGAUGCUUCUGCAAAUGGUGCUUUACUUGCCAAGUCCUAUAAUGAGGCCUAUGAUAUUAUUGAGAGAAUUUCCAACAACAAUUAUCAGUGGCCCACUACUAGAGUACCUUUGGGGAAGAAGGUUGCCGGUGUUCUUGAAGUUGAUGCCAUUACUGCUUUAUCUGCCCAAGUUGCUUCUAUGUCAAAUAUGAUCAAAAAUAUGAGCAUGGGUCAACAAAUGGGUCAACAGAAUGUUUCCUCACCUGUGGGACAACUUGAGGAGGUUUCUUGUGUUUUUUGUAGUGAGGCUCAUACCUUUGACAAUUGCCCAUUCAAUCCUGCAUCUGUGUUUUACAUGGGAAGUCAGAAUGCCUACAACCAAACAUACAAGCAACACCCAAACUUGGCAUACAGAAAUCAAGGGGCUGGUACUAGUAAUUCAUCCAUGCUUCCUAGAUCCAACUUUCCACCUGGUUUUUCUCAACAAGCCUUUCAACAAAGACAACAACAAGGUGUCCAAACAAGUUCUCUUGAGAGUAUGAUGCGUGAUUUCAUGGCCAAGACAGAAAAUUUCAUGACAAGAACUGAGAGUUAUAUGGCGAAGAAUGACACUGCUAUCCAAAGUCAAGCAACCUCCAUGAGAACUCUAGAAAAUCAAGUUGGGCAACUAGCUAAUGAGCUUCGAAAUAGGCCACAAGGUACUUUGCCUAGUGAUACUGAAAAUCCAAGAAGAGAUGGAAAAGAGCAUUGCAAGGCGGUAAUCUUGAGGAGUGGUAAAGUUCUGGAGUCAAACGAGGAAGAAGCUAAGGAUAAAAAUGAGCCCACUUCAAUCCAAAGUCGAGUAGAGAAAAAUGUUGAACCUUCUAAUAUGGCAAAGGAGCAACCUGAAGAAAAUGCUGCAGCAAUUCCUCAUCAAAAUGCAGCAGAAAAGUUACUUAGCAAGCCACCCCCACCAUUUCCUCAAAGAUUUAAAAAGCAGCAAGAAGAUGGUCAAUUCCGAAGAUUUCUUGAUGUUCUAAAGCAGCUCCACAUCAACAUACCAUUAGUGGAAGCUUUGGAGCAAAUGCCCAACUAUGUAAAGUUUUUGAAGGACAUUUUGACAAAGAAAAGGAGGCUAGGUGAGUUUGAAACAGUGGCUUUGACGGAAGGGUGUAGCGCCAUGUUGAAGAGCAAAAUUCCUCCUAAGUUGAAAGAUCCCGGAAGUUUUACAAUCCCAUGUACCAUUGGCGGAAGAGAUGUGGGUAGAGCCUUAUGUGACUUGGGAGCUAGUAUUAAUUUAAUGCCCAUGUCUAUUUUCAAGAAGUUGGGAAUUGGAGAAGCAAGGCCAACCACCGUCACUUUGCAAUUGGCCGAUCGUUCCAUGGCCCAUCCGGAAGGAAAAAUUGAAGAUGUCUUGGUGCAAGUUGAUAAGUUUAUUUUUCCGGCCGAUUUCAUCAUUCUUGAUUAUGAGGCGGAUAGAGAAGUUCCUAUUAUUUUGGGAAGGCCAUUCCUUGCUACCGGGAGGACCUUGAUUGAUGUGCAAAAAGGGGAACUUACUAUGCGGGUGAAUGAUCAACAAGUGACUUUUAAUGUGUUCAAUGCCAUGAGGUUUCCGGAUGAGAUUGAGGAAUGCUCUCGCAUAAGUGUGAUUGAUUCUAUUGUUGCUGAAAAAUUUCACAAGGAAGCUUCGAAAGAGGAAAAGAUGAUAAGUUCUCUUGAAGAGCUUGAAGCUUUAAGUGAAGAUGAAGAAACCAAAGUUACUUGGGUAGAGUCAAAGCAGCCUUUCACUAAGUUUAGGAGGCCAUUUGAAUCUUUGGAGUUGUCAGAGAACAAUUUCAAGCCUCCUAAGCCUUCCAUUCAAGAACCACCCGAGUUGGAGUUGAAGCCAUUGCCUAGUCACUUGAAGUAUGUUUAUUUGGGAGAUGGAGAGACCUUGCCGGUAAUUAUUUCUGCUAUGUUGGGUGCCCAAAGAGAAUGCUUGUUAGUUGAUGUCUUGAAGAAAUACAAAAGAGCCAUUGGUUGGACCAUGGCGGACAUCAAGGGUAUAAGUCCUUCGAUUUGCAUGCAUAAGAUCCUGUUGCAAGAUUUGUGCAACCAUUCUGUAGAGCAACAACGACGGCUAAACCCCAUCAUGAAGGAAGUGGUUAGAAAGGAGGUAAUCAAGUGGUUAGACUUUGGCAUCGUUUACCCCAUUUCAGACAGUUCUUGGGUAAGCCCAGUUCAAUGUGUUCCAAAAAAGGGUGGAGUCACGGUGGUAGCUAAUGAAAACAAUGAGUUGAUCCCUACAAGAACGGUGACGGGAUGGCGUGUUUGUAUGGACUAUCGGAAGUUGAACAAGGCCACGCGAAAAGAUCAUUUCCCGCUGCCAUUUAUUGAUCAAAUGCUUGAUCGUUUGGCGGGAAAAGAAUUCUAUUGUUUCCUUGAUGGGUAUUCUGGCUAUAAUCAAAUUGCCAUAGCUCCGGAAGACCAAGAGAAAACAACAUUCACUUGUCCAUAUGGUACCUUUGCCUUUCGAAGAAUGCCAUUUGGGUUAUGCAAUGCUCCCGCCACUUUUCAAAGGUGUAUGAUGGCGAUUUUUUCAGAUAUGGCGGAAAACAUUCUUGAGAUCUUCAUGGAUGACUUCUCGGUAUUUGGGGAGUCUUUUGACACUUGUUUAGUUAACUUGGAGAAGGUUUUGGCAAGAUGUGAAGACACGAACCUAGUUCUCAAUUGGGAGAAAUGCCAUUUCAUGGUUCAAGAAGGAAUUGUUUUGGGUCAUAAAGUUUCUAACAAGGGCAUUGAAGUGGAUAGAGCGAAAGUUGAAGUUAUUGAGAAGCUGCCACCUCCUACUACUGUCAAAGGAAUUCGAAGUUUUUUGGGGCAUGCAGGUUUCUAUAGGAGGUUUAUUAAAGAUUUCUCAAAAAUCUCCAAGCCUCUUUGCUCUUUGCUUGAGCAGAAUAGAUCUUUUGAGUUCACCAAAGACUGUCAUGAAGCUUUUGUGACUUUGAAAAAAGCUCUUGUAUCCGCUCCCAUUAUUGUAGCUCCCGAUUGGUCACUUCCUUUUGAGCUAAUGUGUGAUGCUAGUGAUUUUGCAGUUGGUGCUGUUCUUGGUCAAAGAAGAGAGAAGGUGUUCCACUCAGUUUAUUAUGCAAGCAGAACACUAGCUGACGCCCAAUUGAACUACACUACUACAGAGAAGGAGUUAUUGGCUGUGGUUUUUGCCUUUGACAAGUUUCGAGCUUACCUUGUUGGAACCAAAGUGGUGGUGUACACGGAUCAUUCCGCAAUCAAGUAUCUCAUUGCCAAGAAGGACGCCAAACCGAGAUUGAUUCGUUGGGUGUUGCUUCUUCAAGAAUUUGAUUUGGAGAUUCGGGAUAAAAAAGGAGCUGAGAAUCAAGUGGCCGAUCACCUUUCUAGACUAGAAGGUGAUGAUGAGAUAAAGAAAGUUGAGCAGCCAAUUAAAGAGAUGUUCCCCGAUGAAGCUUUAUUGAUGGUGAGCUUAGUAAACCAAGACUCCACUCCUUGGUAUGCUGAUUUUGCCAACUACUUAGUGAGUGGGAGGACUCCAUCUGAUUUAAAAGGGCAACCGCUCAAGAAGUUCUUCCAUGAUGUGAGGUCUUAUUAUUGGGAUGAACCGUUUCUUUAUAAGCAGUGUGCUGAUCGUGUGAUAAGGCGUUGUGUGCCGCAAGAAGAGGUUCAAAAUAUUCUUGAGCACUGUCACUCAUCACCUUAUGGGGGGCAUUUUGGAGGCCAAAGAACAGCUGCAAAAGUACUUCAAUCGGGGUACUAUUGGCCUUCCAUGUUCAAGGAUGCUUAUGAGAUUGCUAGACGGUGUGAUAGAUGCCAACGGGUUGGUAAUAUUUCUGCCCGAAAUGAGAUGCCUUUGCAAGUUAUCCUCGAGGUAGAGUUGUUUGAUGUUUGGGGCAUCGAUUUCAUGGGACCCUUUCCCCCAUCCUUUGGAAAUUUAUUCAUUUUGGUGGCUGUAGAUUAUGUGUCAAAAUGGGUGGAAGCAAUUGCAAGUCCCACCAAUGACUCUAAGGUGGUGAUGAAAUUUCUACUCAAGAAUGUCUUCACUCGUUUUGGGACUCCAAGAGCUCUCAUUAGUGAUGAGGGAACUCAUUUUGUUAACAAAGUGUUAGCGGCUCUUUUGGCUAAGUAUAGUGUCAAGCACAAGAUAGCUACGGCUUACCAUCCUCAAACAAAUGGCCAAGCGGAGAUUUCCAAUCGAGAAAUCAAAGGAAUUUUGGAGAAAGUGGUGAAUCCUACUCGAAAAGAUUGGUCUCAACGGUUGGAUGAUGCUCUUUGGGCCUAUAGAACCGCUUUCAAAACUCCUUUGGGCAUGUCUCCUUACCGUUUAGUUUAUGGUAAGGCUUGUCAUUUGCCCGUUGAAUUGGAACACAAAGCUUAUUGGGCCACGAAGAAGUUGAAUAUGGAUCUCCAAGCGGCGGGGGAAGCUCGAAAGUUACAAUUGAAUGAGCUUGAGGAAAUGAGGUUGUUUUCGUAUGAGAAUGCCAAACUUUAUAAAGAAAAUACCAAGAAGUGGCAUGACAAAAGAAUUCAACCUCGAGUGUUUGAGAAAGGGCAGCGAGUUUUGCUUUUUAACUCGCGGUUGAGGUUAUUUCCGGGCAAAUUGAAGUCUCGUUGGUCGGGCCCAUUCACCAUAACCAAAGUUUAUCCUCAUGGAGCUGUGGAUGUUUGUAAUGAGCAAUCCGGAAAGGAAUUUAAAGUGAAUGGGCAGCGUCUAAAGCAUUAUCUUGGUGGUGAGGUCGAUCGAGCAAAAACCUCAAUCACUUUGGAGGAUGCAUGAAGCGGAAGGUGGUUGGGUUGCCUUGUGUUCGAAUUGUCAAUUCUAUUUUUAGGCAACCCAAUGUUGGAAAAAGAACAAGUAUUGUAAAUAUUUUUGAAAAAAAAA